GUGGCGUCGCUGCUGGCCGCCCUGGGCAGAGAAAACCUCGGCUGGCUGUUGCUCUGGUCGUUCAGUCCGGGAGACAACUGUUUAUUCCGAGCGUCGGAAGAAUUAAGAGACUAAAACUCUCACAUUUAGUCUGAACACCAGAAGCGGUUUGAUUUGUAACUCACGGGACGAUGAACGGUAAGUCAGCGAACGGUUCCCUGGGAGGAAUGGCCUGCAUCGAGGGGCUGCCCCCGCUGCCGAAGAGCCUGAGCGGCUUGCUGAACUCAAGCGGCGGCUCCUGGAGAGACAUGGAGCGGAUGUACGUGAAGAAAACCAUGAUCCAGGACGACCUGAGCCGAGGCAGGAAUAACACCGACAACCUCCUGGCCAACAAGCCGGCCAACCUCGACGCUGCCCUGGCUCUGCUGCGGAAGGAGAUGGCAAGUGGCUUGCGUCAGCAGGACAUGUCUCUGCUGUGCCAGCUGUGGUCGCUGCACGAGUCCAUCCAGGAGUACAAGGGCAGCUGCCAGGACCUGAGCGCCGCCUCCAGCCUCAGCAUGAUGGAGAACGGCUACUUCGACGAGGACGACGAGUAUUACGGCGAGCCUGGCGCCACUCCCACCGGGGAACAGCCGGACAGCGAGGUCGGAGACUUGACGUCGUCCGUGGCGACGGCCAAGAACGGCAGCAGCAGCAUCAGCAUCGGCAAAGACGACAGCUGGGACUCCUUUCACGUGACCAUCUGAGGCUCGGUGAUUCUGCAGAGCGAGGCGGGUUUUGAUGCAUACUUGCAUAACGACUGAGUGAAGUUGGAGGGACAGUUGAGCGACCGCUCUGGAAACUCGUUUUAGAAGGAAUUGCCUGGUUAGCGCUACCUGAUUAUGGUAUUUAUGUACCAUAACAGAUUAUACAAUUAAAGCUCCAGCUUAAAUCCAACUCGUCCUCAGGUGAAACAAACUCCUGCUUGUGCUGCAGAAUCUGUUUUUUUUUUUUUUUUGCAGCAUGACCAGGAGCUCUACCGGACUGCAGCCCUGAGAGACCCCGUGCUUUAAGAAAUGGCGCUCAAACUCGGGACUUGAGAUGGAUUGUACCCCGAGACAUUUACUCAAAUAAAUAAGGCAAUAUGUAUUUGAUAUCUUUUUCUAAACAACGCUGCUGCUUCUCUAUCAAGCAUUUUUGCUAGCCAGUCAUCCUUUUUUGGCAGGACUUUUUUUUUUAUAUACAUAAUCUAUGAACAAAGUUGUAUUAUUUAUUAUAUAAUAUAAAUAACAAACUAUUCACUUUCCAGUUACUCUCUAUGGAUGUUUUCGUAUUGCAACUCUACCAAGUACAGUCAUCAUCCAGCAACGACAGCUCCCAAACACUUUGGACUUAAACAUUGAACACAGUGGAUGUGACGUCUGUACUUUGAGACUAAGGACUUUGUGGACAUUCUGUUGGAUAAAGACGGUGUGUGUGUGUGUGUGUGUGUGUGUGUUCAUAGACAUAAAUCAAGGAGUUGGAGAAAGAGGAGAAGUCUUUACACCCGUUCACAGCGUAAAAAAAAUGCUGGAUAGGAGAAGCGACUGCUCUACUUUCUACACUCGUUUCAGUGAGGUUAGAUGUUUACGCUGAAAAUGUGAAAAUGCUGGAAACAAAAAAACCUGCAUGUCCAGCAUGCCAGGCCACAGAUUGUGAGCUUGUUGUCUGACUGGUAGAAGACACAGAUGGUUUCUAUCCAGCCGAUGAUGCAUUAUACAUCAACUUGGCUCUUGUUCUUGUACUAAUGUCCAUUAUUUGUAUAGAUAAUAACAUGGUACACUCAUUUAUUUUAUCUGAGACAAUGUGGUAACAUCGCUGGAAAGGAGGAAUAAAGUGCACGUAACACUAGCGUCCAUUUUCCAGGUGCAAAAAAACUGACCGAACAUACACAUUUAAAAAUUUGGCUCAAGUUGUACUUAGAAACCAUUAUACUUCAACAUAUCCAACUAGCAGGAGCCUUAUAGAAAACACAGAUUGAAAACGCUCAGGAUAAAAUGACUUAUUUAGCAAUUUUCCUCAUAACCAGCUUUAAGAUGUUAUUCUCAAUAUACUCGUGUUAGAUAGAAGUUGCCUGAGAAACUGCGACUGGCUGCUACCAUCUAAUAUCAUAUGAUUUGUUCUCUUGUAGUUGGAUUGUGACGGUCGGCACGUUGUUCACACCAAUCAGUUUUGGUGGAACUUGUUUACCCUCGGUCUCUCUCUCUGGCCUUCAAAUGCUGCGAGCUGUGCAAACACAGAGCUGCAAAAAACAAACAAACAUGGUAGCACCUUUCCACUGAAUACAGGGUACUUUCUACUUCUUAGAGUGAACAUACAUCCAGCCACACAUGCUCUGCUGCAUGUAGCAUUGCCCUGUAGCAACACCAGGCUGAUACCAGUAGCUGUUUUUCUAUUAGUGUUUAAAAAACGCCUGGAAUUAAACCUUCCAAAAGCUUUUGAACUACCUGAACUCAUCUUAAAAAAACAAUACUGGUCACUGACAAGGUUGUGGUAGCUCUUCUAUUUUUUAAUAGUAACAAAAAGGCAGCCUUAAGGGGACGGUCCUCUUGCAGUGUUUUUUUUUUUGCUCUGGCAGGAGGACACAGGCCCUCAUUUAGGCUUUCAUGCAGAAAAGGGAAAAAAAAGCGUCUUAUUUCUGCUAUACAGAAAGAAGACUGGUCUGCACAGUCUUCUUAAUGCAUAUAUGUAGGUCUCACUUGAACCUGUAGCGCAGCCUGCAGAGCCACGAGCAGCUGUCAUAUCACUCGAACAAAUCUCAACACCCGUCACCACUUUCAAAAGGAGUGGAGGGUUCCAGUAGCCUGUCCACUGUAUAUUUGUGUGCUUGUAAAAGACGAACCAAAGACACUCAAAAAAUGUUAUUGGCUUUAGGUGCGAUCAUCUGCUGGUGAAUGUUUGUACAUCUUACUCUUAAAGGUACGGCACAUCACGACACCUGAUGUGUUGAAGAAUGUCCAGACCAGUCGUUUUCACACUCUGAUGUAAACAUGUUUUCUCUGCUCCUUUAAGGAGUGGCAGAUACCUGAGCGUUUAGACGUCUUAAAUAUCCACAGCUGACUGACACAAGGUUUAGUGACUGUUUUCUCCCCCGUCGUUUGUCUAAAAAAAACAACCAACCUGAUGUCACUACCUGACGAGUGAAAGUCUCAGCAGCUCCCGUGUAUCAGAAACACCUCCUGAAGUCAUAAGAACGGCAUCUUGUCGCUGCGGUUAAACCCAUAAUUACAGCAGUCACUCCUCAUUACAGGGUGUAACUUUUAAAGGAAUGGUUGCUCAUUUUUAAGGGAAUGCACUUAUUGGCUUCUGCAGAAAGACGGGAACAGAUAGCUUUGAAACGCCCCCACACACUGGGGGUUUGCAACAGUUUGAAAUCACAAGAUACAAAGUUAGAAGUGUACGAUAAAUAUCAAUGCUUUAACUAUUAUCACCUGUUGCUAUGGCGAUUAAAGUAACUAAAACAAUAUAUAUUAUGUACUGUUAUGUACUAACAGGGAAGAAUUCAAUAUUUUUAGGAACAGGAAUACAAAAAAAGCCUCAUUAGCAAGUGUUGACUGCAUAAUAACCGAUGUUUAUAAGUAAAAUAAUCACUUUUUAAUGGUGACACGUGAAGCAUUAUGCAGCUGACACUCCAGUAACAAGGUAACAUACAUGUGAUGUUGAAAUGAAAAAUAGGUUAAGGGUACUGGAGACUGUAGGAGACACUCUAAAAAGCAACAUGACAUCAAUGAAAUAAGCGCUUUUCCUAAAAUAUUGGAACUAUUCCUUUGACAGCCGAAGCUUAAAUGAAAACACGAUCUCAGUGAGAAACACGACUCCGUUUUAAAUCCAACAGCUUGUCCCAUGAUGAUCCAUAAUGUGCGUUUUGUAAAUAGAACCAGAAGCUUAAAAAAAAAAGAGUCCUGAAAAGUACGGACUGUGUCAUCAAAGUAAAACACGGGUUGAAUGUUUUUCUCUUUCAUUUUUCAGGAUUUUUUUUCCCAUUUUGACUGAACAGUUAACCUUCAUGUGAAUGCUUCUAAUCCUCCCAGUCUGAUUCCACUCAACAUGAGGGUCAGAUCCAAACACCUGUCUCUAAACUCUUAAGGACAUUGGAUCGAAUAAUGUAACUGAUUUAAGAGAUUUCAGUUAAAUCCCCUGACUUCUUGUUUUUAUUGGAUGUCUACACAAUUAGUGCCUUCUGUAAAGUUAUCAGGGGAGAGACCUGUAGCUGUCUCUUCAAGACGGGGACGAGGAGUCACCAUGAACGCUUUCCACUCGCCCGACAUGCACUUGGGUUUUUAAAGCUGCUACAUGUUCAAUUUGAAAUUUAAUUUCUUUACGCAACCUUCAAAAUCUCUGAGAGUUUCUAUAUCUUAUCACUUCAACUCCAUAUGGAGUUUGUGAAAAGGUUUGCAAAAUACAUGUGGAGUUUUUGUAUUUUCUCUCCUCUGUCCAAGUCUCUUUUUUUUUCAUGUUAUUGAGGAGGAUGCAGCUGUAGGGAGUGGUGUAUUUAUGAUGCUUCCUCCCUCUGAAAUUCAGAGUUGCUUCAGGCUCUUUGUACACAGUGAAGCACUUCUCUUCCUUCCUUUUGCACACAUCAAACAUCCACCACAUCAUACUGUAUACAAAAAAAAACCCUCGGUUUCCCCACGUUCCCUCCUUCAAACUCAAAUCGACUUCUCACAUGUAGCAGCUUUGACUUCCAACAUUUUGUACCAGCCUUAAGACGAGUCAUGUUAUUCAUGCUACACAGUGCACUCUUCACUUGCUCAAACACUGCAAGUGUCUAACUAUAGUUCUGCACUUGUUGGUGGUUUGUUCUGCGUUAAAUCCUGCAAAAAAUAGAACUACCUGUAAUCCUCUUUGCUCUUCUCCUUUUACUCAAACUAAAUCCAGCAGAGUUCAAAUCAGCGUGAGCACUGUCAAAGUGUACCCAAUAAAUGAUGAUUUAUGUAUGUGCUAUUUCCUGCUUUUAAACCCCGCCCCUUCCUUUCUCCUGUGAUUAUUGGAUGUGUCAUGUCAUCUCAGGGUAAACUCCUUCACCCUGGAGGGACAAAAAAAAAAAAAUCUUCUUAAAAACAUUUGAACACGAUUGUAAAGUGACACUUUGUGAUUUGUUGGUAUAUUUCUUAUUCACAAGAAAAAAGUGACCCUGUGACUCGUACUUUACAGCGACUUCAACGGAUGCAUUUGAAUGUUAUUGUUUCAUGUUUUGAGGCCAGACUCUGAACAGAACAGGCAAAAGCUUUUUUUUUUUUUUCGGUAAAUCUUCUAUUUUCUGGAACCAAAUUUGAACAAUCACAUGAAGAGAAGGCAAUUUGUUGGAAGUAAAGAUUAAGAAAUGUUUCUACCAAGUGUGGCCUCAGCAGACAUGAUUGCAACCACAAAGAUUUGGAUGUUUUUUUAGGGGGUAUUACUGUCAUGAAAAGCAAACCCAUGUCUGUCUCAUCCUUGCUUUGGUGGUCGUUAGAAGGCACUCUGGGAAAUUUAGGAAGAUUGUGGAACUUGGUGAAAUUAUGACCCUUGAACACUAACUCGAUUGGACUCUCAUCAAUGGGGAGUGGAUAUUUAAGAAGGGAGACAUUCUUGGUGCAAAAUGGCCAUUAUGUUCUUCCAACUUGCUUGGUCCCUUGAUGCCUCAGAAAGCAUAAAAACAUAAUUUUUUUCACUAAAACUCUUAAAUUCUUCUUCAGCUGACGUGUGUUGAAACCUGGGCUUCAUCAGUUAAUAAUGAUACCAUUAUUCAGAUAAUCAUCCAUGUUCUCUUUUUACGACUGUAGCUGUUAAUGUGGUUUCAAGCUGUCAUUGGAAGAACUGUGAAAUAACAUCUGAAUUUAUUUUCAUGCUGUAUAUCAUCAUCAUUAUUAUCAUCAUCAUCAUUAUUCAUGAAAUCAACUAAGUGGUUAAAAAAAAUAAUUAUAGGUUUUUUCAAGUUGUGUACGCAGAAGAAAUCCAGAGAACAUGUGAAGCCAGCUGUGGUGUUCUGAAAAUCAAUGAAUGACCUUACUACUGUUUGUUUGGAAAGUUAGUCUCAAUCCUAUCAUAAUUAGUAUUCUGUAUUUAAUAAAGUUAUUUCAAUACUUCA